AUGUCGUCUACAGCAAGUGAUAACCGUCAUCCCUAUAUUGUCUACGUGCCACGCAGUAAGAAUUCCGUGCCUUGUCCCAUUUACGUUCCGGAGAACGCAUUCAUCAAAACCUUGGAAGAGGCAAUUUGUAAAGAGCGGGUUUUCGAAGAUGACCUACAGGGGCAAUACCCGAUCCUCCUCAAAUGUGGUAACCUGAAGAUGCUCCCACGCCAGUCACUUUAUGAAAGUGCUUUGGAGUGGCUUCGCCAACGUACGGGUGAUGGGGAAGAUGAUAAGCUUAUGAUGCCUGCAAUGCGUCUGCACGACUAUUUCCCUGACGGACCUACGCCAGAGGAUGAAAGAAUGAUAGACGUUGUUGUCGUGACUAAUUCCAUUUGGGGCAGUUUGAAUUAUACUGCUCUCAGUUCAUCUGACUCGCUCAAUCGGUUCUGUAAAGAAAUCACGUUUUUAGUUCCGCGUGGUGAUGGUGAACCGGAUUGGCAGGUUGUGGUUAACCUGAAUAACUAUCUCGGUCAACCGUCGUAUCCUCAAUUUGUCGAGAAUGUAGUUCAAAGACCGAGGCAGGCAGCAGACGACGGUAAUAGUAGGGCCUCUGCAAAAAUGGGCCUCCGGAAUAUGCUUGAUGCAAUCACACCUGAAGGCAACAAUUCGGAGAUUUUCUCUAAGCUCUUGAGUGACGAAGACGGAGCGUCCCCGUAUGCGCAGUCGCAUCCUGAGAUCACCCAUAUAUUCAUGCUCUUUCCUUAA